AGAUACGCCCUCUCUCCUCGCGCCGUUUCUCAAUGCCUUUCAUUUUCCCUUCUCUCCCAUUGCUUUACGCUUUCAACCGCGUAGUAACUCCCCAAAAGACCACAGGACUACCGCCUUCAGAAAAACAAACAAACAACAAUCGUUAUCACCGUCAAUCCUUUUUUAUUUUUGUUUCUUUUUCAAUAUUUUGUUUGCUUCUUCGCAUUAUAGCUUCUCUUCCCUUCUCUUUUCUGUUUUCUCCGUCCUCUAUUUCACUACGUAUAUAUCGACGCUCCGCGCUAAUCAUUUGCUGCCUUCGUAGCGCGCUUUUCUCUUUUCCUUUUCUUUCUUGCCUUUCUCCGUUUGCUUAAGUUGCUUUUCACCCAAACCGUUUUCACUUCGAUAUUCCGCCGAAUGGCGUAAAGACUCCCCCUAAACAGAAAGGAAGAAGAAAACACAUACACGUUUUUCACACAUCUAUGUUGGAUCGCAAAGGAGAGCGUCUUUCACAUUCCACGUAACCAUCAGCUCGCCGGUAGAACAAGAGAAAGGAAGCCACUGUGAUUGGUUUGUUAGCUCAGCGACGCUUAUUCGCUGCUUGUCUUUCUUCGCACAGACUCGUUACUGCUCCUUUCGUUUUGUUUUUGUUUCUGCGUCUGCACUCUGGUCUUCCAGAGCUGAGACUUAGUCAAAAGGUAAGGUACCUAAAGCUCAUCUCCGCUUUAUCAUAGCUUCUUUGUUUUGGUGGACACCGGGAUAGCUGAUUGAACUCCUCAUAACGUGUCGAACCAUCAUCGAGCAUAAAGAGAAGCUCCUUUUUUUUCUGAGCUGAGAAGCAAAAGAUCACAAAAAAAAGGUUUUUGAUUUUUGCAGUGUGGAGAGAUUCUUUUCUGUCACAGAUUUCUGUGUCUGCGUUGUAUUCAUCUUUCCUUCCAAAAAAGAAAGACAUACCACAAACGGCGUUCCAUUCGUUCAUGUCCAUCUGGAAGGUGUCACCAACAGAGACCGCGGAAGGCAGCGAGCCAUUUGAGCCCAACUCCGCUGCCUGGGAGCAGCUGCUCAGCACCCUCAACCUGCAAACGACGUCAGACUCGUCUGACGACAUUCGGGAUGAGACACGUAACUCGCACGCUGCUGUCUUCUCAAAGGGCAAGCAGAGCCAUCUGGAUGACAAGUUCAAAAAGCACCCUUCAUCAGCAGGGCGAAUGGAGUGUGCGAAGCUAACAAAGUCCCUCAACGCCACCCGCGAUGACGACGACGCCGGGUACUCUAGUGAGGAUGAGCACGAUUCGCCCGCCAAUGUGACGUUACCGGAGAGCGUUCUCCCGAGGUUUAACCCUUCUCGUAGCCUCACUGCGACUGCGAAGCUCGGUCGCACGAAGAGCGGCGGCGCUGACCCGAGCAGCUCGAACGACGUACCCAAAUCGUACUUCUUUGUUAACGGCGUCCGGCAUUGCGUCCAAGAGGAGCAGAAUGGUGUGAAGUGGGAUGGGGCGCCUCCACCGCAGACGAAACCAACGACGCCCAGGACGGUGGUGACUAGCAACAACGCUGGUGCGCCUGGUGCGUGGGGGUACAUUUCAAAGCCAGCUGCCCACAUACCGAUGCCUUUUCAGAACCCUCCGAACUACGAGGCGGUCCGCACAGUACCUGGAAGCGGCGGCACUCCUCCGUCGCUAAACUGUAAAGUGAUGGCAGUUCCCUCUGCGAUUCCGAGCAACAUUGCGUACUGUCCUGCGGAUGGCAAGGUGCUCGAGGGAGCUCCUUCUUCCGGAAUGCCAGCGUCUUACACGCCCAGUCGAGUGCCGAUGCCGUCGACGAGCGUCGCUCCCUUUAACACCGGAACGGCCGCCUCCACCAGCAACGCCGCCCCGGCAGCGAACUCCGUUGUGGGCUACGUCUACGUUGACAGCAACGGUUGUCUGCGUGUUGCUUCUGGAAACGGCUCACCUCAUCCUUCAACGCCCUUGAGUGUCUGUCUUCCAACUCUGCCGCCACCGCUGACUGGACCACCGCAGCUAGCGCGAAAGCUGUCAGAGGCGACGGUGAUGCUUCGUGGUGCGUCGUCCGUGCCGGAAGUACCUCCGAUGCAGUACGCCGCCACAUACGUGACAGACGGAAGCACCUGUCAGCCGACCAUGUCUUCAGUGCCAGAGUCGAGGCCCUCAGCAGAUGCGUGGGGGAGCACCAAAGCGUGGGUCUUUCGCGAUGGCCGGUGGAUCUCGCUCUCGAUGUAA